UUGACCGGGCGGCAGACUGUGGACUCUCAGUAAACAUCGCUAGUCACUCAUUGACACGCCACAAACAUAGAGACAUCGAAAGACAUCAAAAGCGCAUCAAAACGCCAUUGAAAAUCAAGCAAAACACCAUCGACACUAGCAAGUUUUCUCACUUGAGCCACGUAACGUCAUCCAGCCGUCACCCGGUAGGCCAUGUUUGUUGUUCGAGCACUCCACCCGAGCGUCUGCGCCUGCUUGACGCUGGCCCUAUGGGCGGCGUCCUCGCUCAGCCUAUCAGUGUUUUCGGAUGCGCCCCGGGCGCACAUGCUGUUGCGCUCGCGGCGCGAGAACACCUUCCUGGAGGAACUAAAACCGCCAUCUUUGGAACGUGAGUGCAACGAAGAGACAUGCAACUUUGAGGAGGCCAGGGAGAUCUUCAAGGUUCGAGAGGCCACGCUGGAAUUCUGGACAGUGUACCGAGACGGGAACCAGUGCAUAUCCAACCAGUGUGUCCAUGGGCGCUGCGUGGACAUUCUGCAAGAUUACGUGUGCAGCUGUAACCCCGGAUACGAGGGCAAGUACUGCGAAUACGUUCAAACAGCGACCAACUGCAGUGAGAACAAUGGAGACUGCGACCACGAAUGCACGGAGAGCGAGGACGGCCUGAGGCGGACGUGCAGCUGCGUCCCCGGCUACAAACUGCAAAACGACGGCAGGAGUUGCCUGGCCAAAGGACUGUCGUCUUGCGGGCAGUUGCUGAUCGGACGCUCAUCCUACACGAGGCGCCUAGAGGGUCUGACGCCGUGGAUGGUGGGUGGGGAGGUGGGCAAGAAGGGCGAGAGUCCUUGGCAGGUCCUGCUGCAGAACGCUAAAGGCCGUUUCCAUUGUGGCGGCGUGUUAAUCGACAAGAACUGGGUCCUGACGGCCGCCCACUGCCUGGAGAACAACCUGCGGUUCCGAGUUCGACUGGGCGACUACGAGCGUUUCCGUGACGAGGGCACGGAGGUGAUGCUUGGAGUGGUCAAGGCCUUCCGCCACCCCGACUAUGACAGUAACACGGUGGACAACGACAUCGCGCUCCUGCGCCUGGAAGGUCCGGCGCCUCUCUCCGAUUACAUUCUGCCUGCGUGCCUCCCCGGCCGGACGCUGGCCGAGCGCGUCCUCCACCGCAACGGGACCCCCACGGUGGUGACGGGCUGGGGCAAGGAAAGCGCGGACAGCCGGCGCUUCAGCUCAGCCCUCAAUGUCAUCCGCGUGCCGCUGGUGGACCGCGACGUGUGCGCAGCCCACAUGUCGCACAACAUCUCCGACAACGUGCUGUGCGGCGGAAUCCUGGGCAGCAGCGUGGACGCCUGCGAAGGUGACAGCGGCGGACCUAUGGUCACACUGCAUGCUGGCACCUGGUUUCUUCUGGGCCUGGUGUCCUGGGGCGAGGGAUGUGGCCGCCAAGACAAGCUGGGCAUCUAUACCAAGGUGUCCAACUACAACGAGUGGAUUGACAGCGUGCGCCAAGAGUGGGACAAAAGCACACACCCGCCUCAAUAAACUCCUCUAGGCUCAACACACCUCUUCACAUCUUUUUAACAACUCUUUCAGCACUAUCACCAAUGCUCGAUGUCCAGUCAUGUGGCAUCCAAUCAUCCUUCUAUUGUGAAUUUAUGCCUGAAAGGGACUAUAAUGUCUUUAAAUCCUCUUUAAUUAUAGGCAUGGCAAAGUCAAAGUCACCCGAUCUUGAAACAGUUCCAUCUACAUGUGCGCUACUUACGCUGUCACGUGCAAGUCCAAUAUUUUGUGAGUUUCAAUUGACAGAUAUAUCCAACAAUUCCUAUCUAUCAACUGACGGAUUUUUCCAUCAAUGGACUUGACGGAUAAUGUUGUCAAUGGAAUUGACAGUUAUUGUAGUCAAUGGAAUUGACAGAUGUGGUCGUCAAUUGGGCAUUGAUGGAUAGAGCCGAAUUGGCUGUCAAUUUUGAACAGACAUACAUUUGAAUUGACAGAUAUCAUAAAUGAAUUAAAGAUAAAAAGAAUAAUAUGCUUGAUUAAAAAAACAUUUUUUCAGCAUGUGAAAAUGAGCUUUGUUGUGCCUAUAUAAAGUUCUAUUUUGAAUCA